CCUUCGACGCCCGUGGAAAAUUGUCUCCUCACAGCUUCUGUUUUGAAUCGACCAGUUGAUGUCUGAGCAUCUGCUGUGUACGUCGUUCAGUAGAAAGACAAUAAAUACUUUGGAAAAACAAGUAAUGACGGAAUAAAACGGUAAGUUUCUUCACAAAUUGAGAUAUAAAUUUUCUUGUGGAUAUCGUUUGGGCAGCGUGAAAGAAAAGCUUUGUCGAUCCGGUGAAACUAGACUAAUUGAAAUAUUAUAAAAUGUACUUUAUAAUACAAAAGUUUAUGAAGAUUUGAAAAAAUUGGAUUUGUAACUUUCGAUGACACAGUUAAAAAAUUUAUUUCACUUUAAAGCAUGGCUGAUCGACUAUCUCACUAGAGAGGCAGACAUUGAAUAGACCAGUUUCAUACUUGGCUGCGAGACUUGGGGGAAUAAAACAAAAGAAAUCAUCUUGAGGCUCAGCAAUUAAUAAUACAUUUCUUUUGCUUUAUUCCCCCAAGCCUCGGAGCUAAGUAUGAAUUUUAAUAGGCCGUUAACAAAACCUGGAUUUGUUUGCAGAUCGGAUCGGACUCCGGAUCGGAUCGGACUGGCAAUUCGCCUUAAAUUCAAAGUUACAUUGAUUGCUUGCUGGUUAUUGUACGACUGUGAUGGACUCGGCUAAAGCAGAUAGGUGUGAGAAGACUUCUUGUUAAUGAAAAUAAUGUAAGAGAGGUCAUUUGCUUAUUGACAACAAGUCGUCGCCACUGUACCUUGCUUAUUCCCGCGAUUUUCUUAAUCGUCUCCUCUGAAAAGAAGCAUUUAAUUUAGGCUCAGUGAAAAACAAGACCAAUUCAGAAUAGAGUAGAGAUGGAAAGAAACACAAAAUCACUGCAAUGAGAGAUACUUACAUCUCUGUCAGCCAUCUUCGAUUCGGGCGAUGUCACGUUACCAAGCCCCUUUUUGGAAUUGUGAGUGCAUGAAGUUAUGCAACAGAAAAUUUCCCAGUGUAGUUCAGUUGAACAUAAUGCUUUGCGAUGGUUUUCAAGCUGAUGGUGAAUGUUAAAGCUGGUGAUGCAUGAGAAACGAUUUUUUUAUUAGUGACACAGGUGGCUUGGAAGAAAAAAUCCGAGUCGAACCAGUUACUAGUUCAAACGUGUCAUAGGUUACACUCCUGUUGUGAGAACUCGGAUUUCUUAUUUUGAGCCAUCUGUGUCAUUAUUAAAAACAGCUUUUCUCAAAAUAAUUAUCCUGCACCAAAAGUGAAAAUACCAGUCCGAUCUGAUCUGAUCCAAUCCAAUUUGAUCCGAUCGGAUCCGGAGUUCGAUCCGAUCCACAGUCAAGCGAUCCACAGCCAAGCGAUCCAAUCCGGGUUUUGUUGACGGCCAUUUUAAUAUACCAAAAAUGGUCUAUAGAAAACGGCUAAACGUCAAACUGUAGACUACAUGUAUAAAGCAUUUUUAUAACAUAGCGCGCGUGCUUGCCCUAUAUAAGUCCUAUUGAGCCGCUAUGAACAAAAUCUUUAUUUACGCACGCCCGUGCGUAAAUAAGAUGACGUGAGCAUUUUUUUUUACCUGGCUGCAAAGUUGUCGUCUUUUAAGCUGCAGUGUACUUUUCCUUCUCUUUAAAAUAUGGAAGAAACCAGCGAAGAACUGCCCAAUUUUUCUAUCGGCAUUGACCUUUUAGGUCCUGAUCCAACAAGCAGCAAAAAUAAAGCCGAAUUUAAAAAAACUCGCAAGUUGCGCGUUUCGCAAAUUUGUCUAAGACCAGCUGCAGCAAAUUUUGGCCGAAAGACAUUCACUGGGAACAGAACAGACACCAACUGGUCAUCAACAGCAUUUAAAGGCAAAAUUUCCGUUUUUAUUGUUGUUUUUAAAUUUGUUAUGCACUUUGUUAUCUCCGGACAAUCCGACUGAAGCAGGAAAAUUUCUAUCGCAAUAACAACACAAAUUACACAAGAAGACAUAAAUUUAUUACUCACAAAAACAACUGCUGCCAGGUCUUCUCAGGAAGCCGUAAUGACCAGCCAAUGUUUGUAAAUGAAUAUAAGUUUAAAGAAGGAUGGCAAUCGUCUUCGCUAAAAACAUGUUUUCUGGAUUUCGCCGAGCAAAACGUAAACAUCUUUUCAGCAAAUCCAAACCAUACUCCACGACUUCUUACGAACAUGUUAGUUUUAACUUUAGGUGAACUUUAAGACCCUUUUACCUUUGUUUCUGCUUAGUUUCCAUUGAUCGUUAACGAAUAAAGAAGCAAAUUCUCUUUCUCACUUUUACAGAAAGAAUAUUUUCUAGACGAUUGUGGCGUGUUCGUAAUCAGCCAAUAGAACCGUUUGUUAUUGUGUCGCGCGUUACGAGAAUUUUGCAGUUAAUCAAAAAGCAAGAAUUUUUGUGAGCUAUGUUAUAAAAGAAUUUGCUCAUGCUUUUAGCUGUGCGUAUAUCGAGUUAUGGAUGCACUUGGGAAGUUUGGAGAGCACUCAAAAAGCUAGAGUUGCACUCGGCUAUCGCCUCGUGCAACUCUUACGCACGUUUCGUGCUCUCCAAACUUCCCGCGUGCAUCCAUAACUCGAUAUACGCACGCUAAGCAUGAACAAAUUCUUAAAUUGAAAUUUGAUCAAAUUCAACAAGCAAAAACAGAAAGUGAAAGGUUAGUGUUUUCUGUCCUUUUGUUUGUUAUUUUAAGCACUUCCACUCGUACUGGACAAAUAAUACAAAAUUUUCUCACUUUACUUUCAAAUUUCUGAACUGCUGCUAUAUUUAUAAUAACAUGGAUAUGAGUGAAGGGGCAUUCCCCAAGAACACUACUUUCAGUUUCUGCUUUAUCUUAGUACAGCUAGCAAACAUUAACAUUUCAUCAAGUCACUGCAUAUAGCAGUCCUGAUGAUCAUUAAGAAGUGCAGAACAAGUGUGAUUCUGUGCUUUUUUGUGGUAAGGUAUAUUUUUGGUCAGUUUUUACAAGAAAUUUGAUUUGCUUCAACUGGGCCAAUUUAUGUAUUCUUGCAAAAAUUUAUUCUUACCUCCAAGGUUCAAUAACAAUUUCCUCCAAAGCAAUCAACUCCACUCUUAUAAUACAAGAAAUUCCCUGGCCAACCAUCUACAUAUUGUCGAACUAACACUAAGAAGUUCUCGCCUUCUUUUCAAGGAACUAAGUUUUUUUAAUUGACUUGAUAACAAAGUCAUCAACUCUCAAUCCCUUUUCUCCUUUAGAAAAUGGUGAAGAUUAAAUUAUUAAGUUAAUAAUAAUCUCCUCACCACUUCUUUUUUCUACUUUCCCUAUAUUAUUUGUAAUUUAUAUUAUUGUGUGCAAAUAAAAUAGAAUAAAUGAAUUUUAUAAACAAAUAGACACACUAAAUUGUCCUUGUCGGCUUUUCUUUUUCAACUGAGCCCCAUUGCCCUGCUCCCCUCCCCAGUUUCCCCUUGAAUGAUAUGGGAUUAUCCACAGAAACUUAAGACCAGAAUGAUCUAUUUAUUUUAUCUCUCUGCAGCUUUGUUAUCAUGCUUCAAGCAAAACAGAAUGGCUGUGAUAGAGCUUUGCUGACACAACAACUGCGGCGCUACUCUACAGACCAUGUGAAAAUAGCCGUAGAAGACACAGAGCAAGCCAAACGUCUAGUAGACUACUACAUCAAAAAGCAAAUCUUGCCACGCAUCUGCAGGGAAUCAUCCCUACCAAUUAGCAAGCAAGAAUACACAGGAAGCUUGUAUGAGAAGCUUAAGACUGAAGCAGCUGAUGAAGUUGAUGUCAUGGUUAUCCUACAGACAACAAAACAGGAAGUAACCCAAGAAGAUGCUGGUGUCCCUGGGUUUGUGCUUCUCAAAGCAUCACAAGAUUCCCAGCUGCGGAAGUAUGCUAAUGCAGCAGGAUACAUUCUGCCUGAGAAGCUACGAGACAGCCGUUUUUUUUUGGCCUUGUUCGAAAAGCUGUAAAUCAACUCCAAGAAAAGGAUCCUGCAUUACCUGUAAAGCUUGAAGUGCGAGCCCAUGGUCCGGCAGUGCAGCUUGACAUCACAGACAAGGAAACAGAAAAAAAAUUGUCAGCUGAUGUGGUUCCAUCUUUUCAGCUUAGCGCUACAGAAUACUUUGUUGCAAAAUCAUACAC